AUGAGUAGGAUUCUCCUCCGUGAACCCGACAGUGAGCUGCCCGGUGGGUCCCCGGAGGCCUACCCACCAAAAACCGUACUCUACACCUUCUCAUGGGAAAUGAAAACCGGCAAGCUAUGGCCGAGUCACCAGGACACUCAAGUAUUGGAUCAUUGCUCCCCUUGCAGAUGGAAAAUUGGAGAGACUCGGCUAAAUGGAGUGCCUCUCCCAGACAGACGAAAUCGUGCAAUGCGGGAGCGGCUGCCAACCACCUGCGCUGGCCCCGACGACGACGGCUAUCAGUCCAUCACAGGGCUGUACUCUGAUAUGAUACGGGAACCUUUAGGCCGCAAGGACAACGAGAGAAAUGAAGAGAUCGCCGAUCUUAGGGACCGCCUGGAGGAGGUGGGUGCUAAGCAGGCAAGGCUCACGCAAGAGAAUCAGGUGCUGCACGACCAGAUGAAGAAUAUGAUGAAGAAGAUGGAAGACUUAGAAGAGAAAUUCAAACGCCAUGAAUGUGAAAGGCCGUCGCGUCCGAUUGUGGCUCCUCCCCCUCCACCGCCGCCACCACCACCUCCACCCCCUCCCCCACCACCGCCACCGCCACCUCCCACGUCGGCAAAACCCCUGUCUCGCUCGCACACCAUACCGCGGUGUGGAUCAGCACCACCCCGGAUAGCAGGACCACGGCUCACCAUCACGCCUCAAGAUAUAGCUAAUGUGAAGCUUCGCAAGACAAGGUAUCACGCCAUCAAGCGAUUAACCAAUAUCGACAAUUCGACAUGCGUGCCCCCGCCGAGUGACACACCUAAUUUAUAUCUUAUGGAUAUUGAAACGAGAGAUGUCGUUGAGUUGGAUAACCCAGUGAAACAAAAGCCAGUUGCAAAAGAAGCCCAGCCGUUGGUGACGCAGCAGAUGCUGAUGACCACCCGCGCUAAACUGAGCAGAUCGCGACCUGCCGCUGCCUCCACACCGAAACAGCAAUUAACCGAUUUGGAGCAAUGUCUACUGCAGGAGUCGUGUGUGACGGCGCUGUACCGCGCGCGCGUGGCCCGCAGCUCGUUCCGCAGCGCGGAGGAGCUGCGCGCGCGCCCCUACCCCGCCCCGCGCUCCCCGCGCCCGCCCCGCCCGCCGCGCUCCCCGCGCUCCCCGCACUCCCCGCACCACGAGCAGAGGUCCGCCUCGCUGCCCCGCGGCGCGCAAAUAACGAAAUUGAAUUUCAACGCCCGCUCUGUCCUCAAAUAGAGGAGAAUCAUUGAUCUCAGUGGCAAGGAUGGAGCUAAUAGGGUUGUGACGCCACGUUUUCAUAUUAAACAAGGUCGAUUACCUAUGGUAGACCUAUAAACAAU